AUGUCUCGGCGCGAGACACGGUCUACUGCUCCGUCGAGGGACACCCGAAGUGCUCCGUCGAAGUCGAAGGCUGCUGCCGCAAGCAAGCCGCCCUCCGCUGGUUCAAAACGGACGUCGACUAGCAAGCCAGUCUCGAAGAAGGGGGCUGCUGGCUCGACCAAGCCCGCGGCCAAUGCCGCAACUGAAGCGGCCCCCAUGACCUACGCCGAGCGACUCAACUUAAUGAAGAACGCUUUGAGGCCGCAGCGACCGGACUUGACAGCGAGAGCACUCGACGUCUUGGCUCGGUCCAUGGUCGCGGAAGCAAGCAAGAAAGGCAACGAGGAGAAGGAGCGUCUAGACACAAUACAAACAAACGCUGCCGCCAUGAUGGCAGCCGAACAUGACAGAGAGCACGCAUCGGACGAAAUGCCCGAGGAUGAAGCGAGUCUGGAGGACCAGUCUCCUCAGGCUUCGAAGAGGAAAGACAAGACGACGUCCCCCAGGCGGCGCAAGAGGAAGGCUCAGCAAGACGAGGAGAACGCGAGUAGCGAUGCAGAGUCCUCACCCCUUCAUCCCACCCGAGUGUCUCCCAAGCAGCGCAAGAGGAAGGCUCGCCAAGACGAGGAGAUGGUGGGUAGCGAUGCAGGGUCCAGCCCGGAGCAGCCCAAGAAGAAGCAGAAGAAGUCUCAGGUUACGAACGACGCGUCUCCCAAGCUCGUUGAAGUGGAAGAGUCCAGCCCGGUGCGGCUUAAGAACAAGCAGAAGGAAGCUCAGGCUACGAAGAAUGCGUCUCCCGGACCCGACGAUGUGAUGGAGGGUGAGACGACUGUGCACCGCAAGCCGGUGGAGAAGGAGGAUGCGGUAUCUAAGGACGAGGAUCGUGUCGCGUCACUUCUAGCUCGCAAUUCAAACAAGCCGACAAGGACACGUCGCGUCCGGAAGGUGCUGGAGAGCAGCGAUGACGAAGUUCAUGGGGAUACGGACAUGGAUGAGCUGCAAUCAUCCGAUCCAGAAGGCAAGUGGCUUCCAUUACGGAGCAGCAGCCCCACUCGAAGUACAAAGCGGCCGCGUAACCAGCCGGGCAAGUUGUCGGUGCAGUCCCCCAUCAACGUCGAUGAUUCGGGAGAUGAGAGUAGUUCUUUCAAGCCGCCAGCCGAGGAGCAGGACGACGAUAGCGAGAGAGAUGGGGGAGAAGAACGCGAUUCAGAUGAUGGGUUGAUCGUCAAGGACGUUGAGCAGCACAGUGGCCGAAAGGGCAAGGGGAAGGUGUCGCAGAAGGCUGCCCGCGCCAAGGACGCCGGCGCCAAGGAUGCCGCAUCGCAGUCGAGCAACGAUCCACUGAUGAAGGAGCCCAUUAAGAGCUUCCUGCAGCGGGCCCAGCAAGAGCUCCGCGUGUACAUCGCGGUCGAAAAUGCGUGGCCCCGCAAAAGGGGCCAGAGGGUUGAGAAGUUCGACGUGCCUCAAGACAUCAUCGAGCUGUUGGUCGAGAAGAACGCCCAGUACCAGACUGAAGAUUUCCAGGAGACGUACCAGGAGUUGUGGGAGAACACCAAGAUGAAGAAUCGUAUGAUCAAAUAUGUCUACAAAGUCGCCGCACAGGUCCGGCAGGAGUUGAAGCAGAAAGCCAAACGGGUGGUGGAGAAGGAAUUCCUAUCAGUGAAGAUUUCCGGUGUUGGCCUCGACGCGGUUGCUCGCAAUGACAAGUUGCAGAAGGCGAAGGAGGCGCGGAUCAAAUAUCUCCGCAACCAGAACACGUUCCAUUACGGGAACGUAGUGAUGCCGGACCCGGACGUUUCCCCCGAGCUGUGGGACGAGCCCGAGCUUGACACGCCUUUCCACAGUGUCGUGAUCGCGGAGAUCAUGGCGCGGCAGUGGUGGCUAGGGCAGCACCCGGAAGCCCUUCGCCGCGAGAACCGGUCUCGCUUCGACAUCAACGUCAAGCCGCCGUCGAGCAAUAUGAUCGCUCUGACCUGCAGCGCAAUCUUAGUUGCCUUCGAUGAAGCAUUGGCAGGCAAUACCACCGUCAACUUCGACGAGAAGACUUAUGCCACGGAGCAUGAUCGCUUGAAAGCCGGCAUAGACAGGUUGCGUAAACACGCGGAUGCGAACAGCAGAAUGUACGACGAAGGUAUUGCCGAGCUCGUGAAGUCAAUGAACGACACUAUGGUGUCGAACAUCAUGGCAUUUGCUGGCAUUGCCCAUGACAAGAGCCAGAGGGACGAGGGCAGCACCCAGGAAGUCGACGAUGGUAUUGACAUGCAGGCAGUUCUCGGCCGAUGGGGCAAGAAGAAGGCACCGGCGUCCGCUGUCUCGGGUGUACAGUCACAGGCUGGUCAA